UUCCAGGUCCUCCUGCUGGUGUUAAAGCUGCUGCGGCUUCGGCCUCCACCGUCUUCGUCUCCUGGCUCCCUCCUCUCAAGCUGAACGGCAUUAUUCGGAAAUACACCGUCUUCUGCUCACACCCCUACCCCACAGUAAUCAGCGAGUUUGAAGCCUCUCCCGACUCAUUUUCCUACAGAAUCCCCAACCUGAGCCGGAAUCGUCAGUACAGCGUCUGGGUGGUGGCAGUGACUGCUGCGGGAAGAGGCAACAGCAGUGAGAUUAUCACCGUGGAACCACUAGCUAAAGCUCCUGCCAGGAUUUUGACAUUCAGUGGCACGGUGACAACUCCCUGGAUGAAGGACAUCGUCCUCCCUUGCAAAGCCGUGGGAGACCCAGCUCCAACGGUCAAAUGGAUGAAGGAUAGUAACGGGACACCCAGUCUAGUGAUGAUUGAUGGGCGAAGAAGCAUCUUUAGCAAUGGCAGCUUUGUCAUACGUACUGUGAAAGCAGAAGACUCUGGAUAUUACAGUUGUGUGGCCAGUAACAACUGGGGAUCAGAUGAAAUAAUUCUGAAUUUACAAGUACAAGUUCCACCGGACCAGCCAAGACUCACUGUAUCUAAAACUACAUCCUCCUCUAUCACGCUUUCAUGGAUACCUGGAGACAACGGUGGCAGUUCUAUCCGAGGAUAUAUUUUGCAGUACUCAGAAGAUAACAGUGAGCAGUGGGGUAGUUUUCCCAUUAGCCCUAGUGAGAGGUCCUAUCGUUUAGAAACAUUGAAAUGUGGCACUUGGUACAAGUUUACUUUAACUGCCCAGAAUGGAGUGGGACCAGGACGCAUCAGCGAGAUCAUUGAGGCCAAAACGCUUGGAAAAGAGCCACAGUUUUCGAAAGAACAAGAGCUCUUUGCUAGUAUCAACACCACGAGAGUAAGGCUGAACCUGAUAGGCUGGAAUGAUGGUGGCUGCCCCAUCACCUCCUUCACCCUGGAGUACCGGCCAUUUGGGACAACAGUCUGGACGACCGCUCAGCGGACAUCCCUGUCAAAGUCCUACAUACUGUAUGACCUCCAGGAGGCAACCUGGUAUGAACUGCAAAUGAGAGUGUGCAACAGUGCUGGCUGCGCAGAGAAACAAGCCAAAUUUGCAACGCUCAAUUAUGAUGGCAGUACAAUCCCUCCACUUAUUAAGUCAGUUGUGCAAAGUGAGGAAGGGCUGGCAACCAACGAAGGGCUAAAGAUGCUGGUGACCAUCUCCUGUAUCUUGGUUGGGGUCUUGCUGCUUUUUGUGAUGCUGCUGAUCGUGAGGAGGAGGAGGAGAGAGCAGAGACUGAAGAGGCUGCGAGAUGCAAAGAGUUUGGCUGAAAUGCUUAUGAGCAAGAACACCAGGACAUCAGAUACACUUAAUAAGCAACAGCAAACACUGAGGAUGCACAUAGACAUUCCCAGAGCGCAGCUUCUGAUUGAGGAGAGGGACACAAUGGAGACAAUUGAUGACAGAUCAACGGUUCUGCUCACUGAUGCUGACUUUGGAGAGACGUCUAAGCAGAAGUCACUGACUGUCACCCACACAGUCCAUUACCAGUCUGUGUCACAAGCUACAGGACCACUGGUGGAUGUUUCCGAUGCCCGGCCAGGAACAAAUCCUACCACAAGGAGGAGUGCCAAAACCGGACCCACGGCUCGCAACCGUUACGCUAGCCAGUGGACCCUCAACAGACCUCACCCCACCAUAUCAGCUCAUACCCUCACCACCGACUGGAGGCUGCCCACCCCCAGGCCGGCGGGAUCGGUGGACAAGGAAAGCGAUAGCUACAGCGUCAGCCCCUCACAGGACACAGAUCGAGCAAGAAGCAGCAUGGUCUCCACGGAAAGUGCCUCCUCAACUUACGAAGAGUUAGCGAGAGCGUACGAGCACGCAAAAAUGGAAGAGCAGCUGAGACAUGCCAAGUUCACCAUAACAGAGUGCUUCAUAUCAGACACAUCGUCGGAGCAGCUCACGGCAGGGACUAAUGACUACACAGACAGUCUGACCUCAAGCACGCCGUCAGAGUCGGGGAUUUGCAGGUUUACCGCAUCCCCCCCUAAACCUCAGGAUGGAGGACGAGUGAUGAACAUGGCAGUUCCAAAGGCACAUCGGCCAG